AGCAUUCUGCUGACUUGUUUACUCUCCUGAGAGCAGUAGAGAAAAAGAAAAAAAAAAAUUCCAGGCAUUACUUUAAGGCAACGGGUUUCCUCGUCACUACCCCUUGUCCCGCAGCGAGAUUUCUCCCAAGUCAUCCACAGGCGAUUUUGUCCUUAGCCGGACUUGGGUCAGAGUGGACGCACAGCAACUUCCAGCCAAGCGUUAAACGAGAUAUUUUAAAAAAAAUCUAUAUAUUAUAUAUAUAGCAACAAUCGGGACGGAAUAUGUAAACAUGCCGAGGCAGGAUGUACGGAGACGGUCCAUGUAUAGCUCAUACUGACAGGAUGUUUAAAGAUUCACAGAGGCUUUCGCCUCGCGGCUGCAAAGUAUAUUUUUCGAGCACCGUCAUAUAUAUUUUGUUUCUUUUCUAAAUGUCUACAGCCGGCAGAUUUCUAAUCGCUUCUUUAUUGUUAUCUCGAUCGGAUUCUGAAAUCAGAAAUACAAUGUUCGGCUCCUGAUAUGGAAAUUCUCCUGUGAAGACGAGAAGCUCUGGUUAUAAAUGAGUAGUCCUUAUGCCCAACAUGAGCUGGAGCUUUUUAACCCGUCUUUUAGAAGAGAUCCACAAUCACUCCACCUUUGUGGGGAAGGUGUGGCUUACUGUUCUCAUCAUCUUCCGAAUAGUAUUGACUGCCGUUGGAGGGGAGUCCAUUUAUUCAGAUGAACAGAGCAAAUUCACGUGUAACACCAAGCAGCCGGGCUGCGACAAUGUCUGCUAUGACUCCUUUGCUCCCCUCUCUCACGUCCGAUUUUGGGUCUUCCAGAUCAUCAUGAUAUCAGCUCCAUCGGUGAUGUAUCUGGGUUAUGCCAUUCACAGGAUUGCCCGAUCUACAGAAGAAGAAAAAACACAUAAGUCAUUCAAGAAGAAAAAAUCCUUCUCAAGAUGGCGGUCAGGUCAACAUGUUGAUGAGCCAGAAGAAGAAGAAGAGGAGCCUAUGAUAUACAAUGGGCCAACUGAGCCAGAGAAAGCAGAAAACAAAGAAAAGGAAAACAAGAAGCACGAUGGCCGUAGACGCAUCAAAGAAGAAGGCUUAAUGAAAAUCUACGUAUUCCAGUUGUUAAGCAGGGCUGUGUUUGAAGUAGCUUUUUUGACUGGUCAGUAUUUUUUGUAUGGUUUUAAAGUUCUACCAUCUUUCCAGUGUAGUACACACCCGUGUCCUCAUACUGUAGACUGUUUUGUUUCUAGGCCAACAGAGAAGACAAUAUUUCUUCUAAUUAUGUAUGUGGUGAGCUGCUUGUGCUUAUUACUUAAUAUAUGUGAGAUGUUCCACAUAGGUUUUGGAACCCUGAGGGAUGCUAUUCGCAACAAAAGGACUAACAAGCACAGGCAGCUACCUUACAGCUACUCCUACCCAAAGAAUAUAACCUGUCCUCCAGAAUAUAACAUGGUUGUGAAAGCAGAAAGGUCUAACAAAGUUCCAGUUGGUAUGAUGGACCACGAGCAGAACUUAGCCAACGUUGCUCAAGAACAACAAUGCACAAGCCCCGAUGACAAUGUCCCUUCAGAUCUUUCUGCUUUACAUAAACAUUUGCGGGUUGCACAGGAACAAUUAGACAUUGCUUUUCAGAGCUACAACACACAAGUCAAUGCUCUCCCUUCAAGGACAAGCAGCCCAGCUUCAGGGGGGACAGUAAUAGAACAGAACAGGGUCAAUACAGCACAUGAGAAACAAGGAGCUAAGCCUAAAACCAGCUCCGACAAAGGCAGUACCAGCAGCAAAGAUGGAAAAACAUCGGUAUGGAUUUAAACUGACCAGAAAUCUACUGGAAGUUUGUGGAUUAUUUAAUGUGCCAGCAAUGUUCCGUGGAUCAAUGCAGAACCCAAAUAUAAUUUACGAAGUAACAUUUUUUUUUACGAGAUAUAACUAUUUUCAUUUUUUUUCUAACAGAAUUAUCAGGAUUUAAACUAGUAUUGUACAUUGCCAGCCUUGAUUCUAUAUUCCAUGGGCCUUUAAAACGAUUGAGAAAAAUGGAACUAUGUCUUUAAUUACCAUUAGUUUGUAAUUAACCACCAGCUUGUUGGGCACAAGAUCCAUACAACAGCUGUGUGGUUUUUUAACUCACACGAAAGCCCUAAUGCAUUUUGCUUUAUAAAAAAAAAAAAGCUCUGUACAGAGUUAAUAGAAUACAGACUUUGUAGGGUGGGGAUGUUCUGUAACAAAAUUUUAAUUGUCUUUUAUAUAAAACAAAACAACAUGAAUGUGUUUUCACAAUUGUUUGUUCCUAUAAAAACUGUUUCAAACUUGGAAAUAGUACAAUUUAAAGUGGCACUGUUACCUGAAAAUGCUUGUCCAUAAGUUAAAAGCAAUGAUACAAUUAGAUUUAUAUUACUUUCCUCUUAGCUGGCUAUAUUACGCUUAGCUAGAAUUACCACUGUUAUAUAUAUCUGUGUUUUAGCAUGUAGGCGGCCAUCUUAGAAUUGUAUCAGAAAUGUAAAUCCACAUGAUGUCAGCAACCAAUCAGAAUCUGUGAUUUGCAGAGGUGCUCUCUGCAGUCUACUGCGCAGGAAACAGGAAAUGGUUCUUGGAUCACCGCAAUGACGCUCUGUGAUCAACAACUGGAAUAUUGAAAAUCAAAACUAUUGUUUUAAAAGUAAUCAAUACACGAUGUAGACAUUUUAAUAUACUAUAUGAUGGUGCCUUUACUUUUUUUUAUAACAGAGCCACUUUAAGGAGAAAAAGGUAACAAAACGAUGUCCUGUGCCUUCCAAUUCCCAGGGAGAGAGAGAGAAAUUAAGAAGAAAACGAGACUUUUAAGCCAUUUUCUACUUUUUUUUUUAUUAUUAUUAAACCAUAAACAUGUUGUACAUAAAAGGGUCUCUAUAAUAAAGGGUAAUUAUUCCAGUAAUGACUAUUCCAAACAUUUGAAUUACUGGUAAAUGUCUGUUAUUAGGCCAAAGUACUUUUCCGAUACUGAUUAGGUAGCAUUUUGUACAUCGUGGUUUAGUAGGACUCUAUAAAACUGGUAAAAGGAAAGCUGCACUAGAUUAUUUUUAAGAAAAUGAGUCUCAAUAAAUAAAAUGUUUGCUAUGUUUUAUGACA